AUGAAGCUACUCUCGGUAUCCGGUAUUGUAGGAGUGCUCGCAACCUGCGUUGCAGCCACGCCUUUGGUGAAGCGUCUACCCACCGGUUCGGACCCUGCCUUCUCCCAGCCCAAAUCCGUCCUCGACGCCGGCCUAACCUGCCAAGGCACCUCUCCUACCUCCGUGACCAAACCCAUCCUCCUCGUGCCCGGAACAGGCACCACGGGUCCGGGAUCGUUCGACUCGAACUGGAUCCCGCUCUCUACGCAGCUUGGCUACACACCGUGCUGGAUCUCACCCCCACCUUUCAUGCUCAACGACACGCAGGUCAACACCGAAUACAUGGUCAACGCCAUCACCACACUCUACGCCGGUUCGGGCAAUCGAAAGCUUCCUGUGCUUACGUGGUCUCAAGGUGGGCUGGUGGCACAGUGGGGUUUGACGUUUUUCCCCAGUAUCAGGUCAAAGGUCGAUCGUCUUAUGGCCUUUGCGCCCGACUACAAGGGCACCGUCCUCGCCGGCCCCCUCGAUGCACUCGCGGUUAGUGCACCCUCCGUAUGGCAGCAAACCACCGGUUCGGCACUCACCACCGCACUCCGAAACGCAGGUGGUCUGACCCAGAUCGUGCCCACCACCAACCUCUACUCGGCCACCGACGAGAUCGUUCAGCCCCAGGUGUCCAACUCGCCCCUCGACUCGUCGUACCUCUUCAACGGAAAGAACGUCCAGGCACAGGCAGUUUGUGGCCCGCUGUUUGUGAUUGACCAUGCGGGAUCGCUCACCUCGCAGUUCUCCUACGUCGUCGGUCGAUCCGCCCUGCGCUCCACCACGGGACAGGCUCGUAGUGCCGACUACGGCAUCACGGACUGCAACCCUCUUCCUGCAAAUGAUCUGACUCCCGAGCAAAAGGUCGCCGCGGCAGCGCUGCUCGCCCCUGCGGCUGCGGCCAUCAUCGCGGGUCCAAAGCAGAACUGCGAGCCCGACCUCAUGCCCUACGCCCGCCCCUUUGCCGUCGGCAAAAGGACCUGCUCCGGAAUCGUCACCCCCUAA